UUAUUUUUCCCUCGGACCCGAAUGCUAAAAAGCGGUGAGUGCAAAGCAAAGCAGCCCCCAGUUCUGCGCUUGUGGUGUCGUGUCGAAAGAUUAAAGAGCAUAUAGUGCUCUCAAACGGUGGUUUUUUCUUCGGCCGGUCGGACUGGUUUCGUAGGACAAGCAACAGAAAAAAACGAACAAAAAAAAUCGCGAAUUUUCACUAUCGAUAUCAAAAUUUGAUUGAUUAGCUUAGAAACGAAAAAAAAAACAAAUAAAAGUUUAUCUGGAGUUCAUAAGCGGAAGAUAAAAUCCAAAAGGUGGUGAAAAAAAGGAUCGCCGUGUGAUAUAAGAGUGAUGCUGGUAGCUAGAAAAAUCGAGAAAACGCUGUGAUAUUUUAGGUUGUUGUAGUUCUUUUUCCCCCCGAAACGAUUUCGCGUGUCCGCGGGUGCGAAUUCCGAUUUUUCGGUUGAUUAAUUUUGUUGGUUGUGAGCAGAGUGACCGUUUUGAAAAAUCAAAGUGCUAGCAAGUGAAUUUUGACAAUGAGCCCGAAGCCGCACGAUUUUCUUGUUACAUUGCGCCGGAAAUCACCGCAAAUUCCAUGGGGCAUUCGGUUGGUCGGAGGAACCGAUCUGAACGCACCCCUGAUCAUUACACGGGUUCAAGUCAACAGUCCGGCACAGAAGGAACUGCUACGUGGCGAUAUCAUUACCAAAAUCGACCAGUACGAUGCUCGUGAUCUAAUGCAUAGCGAUGCACAGAACCUCUUCCGUAACGCUGGCGGAGAGAUUAAAGUGACCAUUCGGCGUGAUGACCAGGUCGCCCUACACCAAAGUGCCCACCAACCGAAUGGAGUCGGUGCGUCACCAUACAGCCCAGCUCUUAGCCCCAUUCCGCCAGCUCAAUCCGCUCAACCAUUUAAGCCAUACAACGAAUCCGCUCAACACGACCAACUACAUCAGCAAAAACCACAGCAACAUCAGAACUUCCCGCCGCCAGAGCCGUCUCAGCUGCUACCAAGGGUUAAUUCGCCUCUUCCACACGGACCACAUGCCUACGCAACAGCCUUGGAGCAUCCGAUGGAAACUUUGCCCCAUACGAUUUUUCCCAAUUUGGAUGCUACCGGAGCUUAUCAGCUACCAAGGUCCCCAUAUCCACAGGCGGCUUCCAACUACGAGGACUCCAAUGAAUCGAUAACUAAUCAGCCAUACCGCACGACACCGCUAGUCCUACCCGGUGCCAAGGUACCGAAAAAGGAUGUUCUACCAACAGAAUCCUACCUCAGACAUCACCCAAAUCCAGCAAUGCGUGCACCACCACUACAUGACUUCACUGACACACUGAUGAAACAGAAGGUUGCCGAAACAAUGAUUCAGCGAGUUAUAGGAGAAGAGCCUCCCAGCGGUCCAAAGAUUGUGCACAAGCAAUUCAACUCACCGAUCGGACUGUACUCGGAUAACAACAUUGAGAACACCCUCAGACAUAGUGCCCAACAGCAGAACCAGGCCGUACCAUCGAAUGGAUAUACAAACCGCCAUCUGCCCACCAAAAUCGAAGGCUACAAGAAAACCGUCGUCUUCGAUCCGAGCAAGAGCGAAACAUACCGCGCCCUGCAGGAGGGAGUUGGUGAGGGACAACUGCAGGAGGUUAACACGCCAAUCCAACAGCGAACCUUCCAGCCGAACCGUUUAGUACCGGGAAAGAAACCAAACGCCAAUCAUCCAGCUCCCCAGCCAGAGUUCAUUCAGCAUGUCAACUCGAUGGGCGAAUCGUACGAGAAGAUCCACCAGAGUGGAUCUUUCAGACGUCUUAUGCAUCACGUACUGUCGGAGGCUGAGUACUGAGGAAAUGUGUUGCCCUAUAUUACUAGCUUUCUAGGUUAAGUGAGAGAGGCACAGUUUAUUCACAUUGUUGAGCAAGAAAAGCGCUUUUAUCGACCAAAACAAACAGCUGACACCAUAGGUACUACACAACUAUUACCAAACAUCUUAUGUUUUAGUAGAAUAUACGAAUUUUACGCAGUCUAUAGAACUGUUUUGAGAUUGGAGAUAUCAACUCAAUUGUUGGAUUUAUUGUAAACAACACGUUGUUGAAAAACUCAUACAGACGUCGGAUACGUUAAUCACAUUCAGCGAUUGCUGGUGAAUUUAGUAGUUUAUUAAUUAUUCGAGCAAAUACAAGCAAACUGGUUAGUUUUUGAAUCAUUAAUUUUUGUCAUGUAACAUAACUAAACUAAACAUAUUUAUAAAUGUUGACAAUGUAUUUUAUUUUCUGUUAAGUUUACAAUUUUUAAAACGGUUUCCGGAUUUCUUCUGUAAAUUGCUUACACGACUGGAACAAUUAGUUCAUCCAAUCGUUGGGCAAGUUGUAGCAGACAAUCUCAAGGGAAACGCAAUCGAGUGAAUGUUCUAGUCAAAACAUCGUUACACUUUAAGUCAAAGAUAAAAAUCACACGCCUCGCACCACAGAGAGAUGGCUUUGGAGAAUGAAGCAGUGAUUUUUAUUGUGUUUGAUAAAAACAAAAGUUAGCGAAAUCAAUACCUAUACAUAUAGUUAUAACGGCAAUUCAAUUUCAUCAGCCUCUGUUCUUGUAUCACUUAACUUAACUUAUUCGAACCAUUACUUUACACUUUUAUUAGGUAAACGAGUGCCCAGAGGUUAUAGACUUGGUACACAAGCUGAGGAGAAGAAAACGUGGCAUUAACUUUAGUAUCGGGGUAACCGCUAGUAGGAAUGCUUUUCAGAGAGCCAGAGUAAACGAAUAAAGCAGAUGAACAAAAGUCAAAA